UGUGUGUGUGUGUGUGUGUGUGUGUGUGUGUGUGUGUGUGUGUGUGUGUGUGUGUGUUCUUGUUUAUAUGGUAUAGGGGGACAUUUGACCUGAAAUCUCACCAGCACUAUGAGGACAUUUUGGUUUAUGAGGACAUUUUCAAUGUCCCCAUAAGUCGGGCACUGUAGAAGUACUUAUUUCAUUGUUAUUAACUAUGUCCUGCUUUUUUAACUCAUGUCCUAAUAUACCAUAAAGACCUGGUUUUGUUGUGUAUCACACACAGCCCAUACUCCCCCUAUGUCUGGUUGUUGGUAGUGCAGCUUGAUACGAUUUUUUUUCAUUGGCUCAUGGGUUGUAUGCAUGUCUGAUCACCGAUUGGCUACUGCUUCUGUCAAUAACGGGGACGAUCGUUGAUUCGCGGUUGCGGCUGUGAGUCACCGCAUUCUGGCGGCAAACUAUCAACUUUCUAUGUCGCGAGCCUAUAGCUAGUGAAACCCCGCCAAGUUAUGCUGAAGUUUAUUUUACCUCAGAAGACAUCACCUGAAAGAAACCGCGACGCGAAGAGGACUUUUCUAAUGGUUAUCUUCACUACUAAAUAGGUAAGUAAUUUUUCUAUUCACACAAUUGAUCAAAUGUAUUAUUUAGUUUACAAUUUUAUAGCUAAAAUAUAUAAAAUGUGCAGUUUAAACACAAACGUGAACAGGGUAGAGUAAUGACUGCUAUAGUACUUGUAGCUUGGUAAUUAUGUACUGUACUUCUCCUGUUCUGUUGUUCAAGCAGGCUAAUGGGUUAAUACUACUGAGAUUAAACUUGCGUUGAUGUUAUUGUUGGAGUGUCUCGCAGUUUUAUAGUCAGUCCUGAGUGUUUUUGUAGUCUGGCUAAUUUUUUUUUUUUUUGCAUGUGCUUAAAACAUUUGUUAAUAUCGUAUUUCUGUCCGAAACGUGAGUUAAUUGUUGUCGUCUGCUUGUUAGCGGUAAGUUAAGUAAUUGUUUCAAGCUAACGUUAGCGAAUGUAAUGAUGGACAUUCAAUGGGCUCUGAAGUGCCAGCAGUUUCUUCUCUCAAAAUGAUUUCGCUUUUAGUGUUGUUUAGAAACUGUAUAAAAAGCCAAUACAUGGCUUUGUGUUUGGCCGUGUUUGAGGAAUGACAAGUGUUCCUCUUGUCAUGAUCUGAUAAUUUGACUGAUGUAUCCCUCAUUCACCCAAAUAGGUGAGUAAUAGUAAUAUAAUAUGAAUAUAGUGUAUUGUCAAAACACUUGGCCGAUGUAUUUUGUAAUUUUAUUUAGGCAUAGUGGCUGGGUAAGUUUGACUCUGUGUUAAAUAGUGAAGGCCUUUUUAACACAUGUUAAAAAGGCAUUCAGGCGUUGUUGCUCAACUGCGGGGGUCCUGUGCGGUCUAAUAGUAAGAACAAGGGGAACGAGUGGCAAGUACAUUGAUAGGUCUACCUGUUGUGGCUGAGUAGCCCCAUACUAAAGCCACAAUUGAUAUUGAGUUGGAGAACUGUCUUUCAUCACUCAUAGUUCACUAUUACAGUUGGGUUCAAAUAACCCUGUAUGUUGGGUUGUGAUGUAAACGCAGCACAUUUGGUCAGAUGAUUGACUUGGUAUUUCAUAAGUGAAGAAAUAUUUAGACUUUGUAUUUCACAAGUGAAGAAAUAUUUAUACGGUUAGUAACUGAAUGUGGCUGCAUAUACAUGGGGUUGGAAUGACAACAACCAGGACAGUUGCUCUGGAGCUGAUUUAGAGACCCUUGUUAAGGAACAUAUAAACAACAAUGAGCCUCAAAGAAAGGAGAGGAGGAAGGGGCAGAAAUCCUGAACAAGAUGCACUAUAUUAUAUUUCCAAUUCACUGGACAAAGUUGGUUUUCUAAAGAAGUUCAUUAACCCCUUCAAAGGUCAUGGAGUAUUCAGCAAUAGCUACUUUGGAAAAGGAGACUUCCUGCUGGAAUACAGAGGGGACUUUAUUACAUUUGAUGAGAGCAAAAGAAGAAGAAUACAAUACAGUGAUGCCCUUAAUGUUUUCAUGUUUGACCUAAGUUUCAAUGGGAAACUGUGGUGUAUUGAUGCAGCAAACACUGAAUCACUUGCCAGAUUUGUCAACGAUGACCAUAUCAAUCCGAACAGCAAAAUGAAAAGGCUAACAGUUGGAGGGAAGCCCCAUCUCUGUUUAUUUGCAACGUCCGACAUAAAACCUGGAGAGGAAAUUUCCUAUGAUUAUGGUGACUCGGACUGGCCGUGGCGAAAUAAGCAAAUCCAUGUCCAAGAAAUGUCCGUUACUACAGAGACCGAGAACACUGAAGAGCAAAUCCAUGUCCAAGAAAUGUCCGUUACUACAGAGACCGAGAACACUGAAGAGCAAAUCCAUGUCCAAGAAAUGUCCGUUACUACAGAGACCGAGAACACUGAAGAGCAAAUCCAUGUCCAAGAAAUGUCCGUUACUACAGAGACCGAGAACACUGAAGAGUGUCAGCAUAUUCUUGUACAUGCUGUUGCAUCCUCUUUGGACAAAUGCAAUGUCUGCAGUGGUGGCACAAUGUCAUCACUCAGGUGGUCUGGAAUGCAAUGUAAAGAUGUUUCCAAACCCAGAAAAAUCAUGAGAAGAAUAGCAUGGAACAAAACAGAAAUACAAGCUGUGAUGAAGCACUUUGGCAACCACAUCAUCCAAGGAAAAACAGCAACAAUGCUGGAGUGCAAACAAUGCAAAGAUGCAGAAGAACCUUUUCUAAAAAUGAGGUCCCCUCAAAACAUACGAGACUUUGUAAGAAACAAAGGACUGACAUUCAGAAGGCAAAAUGAAAAAGCGAUCAAUACACAAAUGUAAAGAUUAUCAUUCAGUACAUAAUUUGUUAAACAUUUUAUACGGUCAAAUCAAAAAAGCAACUUUUGUGACUAUAACACAUUGAAAAAGUAUGAUUAUAUAUCAGCAUCUCAAAAGACAAUGGGUUAUGCACUUGCUUUGGAAUCUGCUGUGUAGUGAAUUAAUGAGUGGCGAUAGACCCUAAUCUACAUUUGGUUACAGUAUAGCCUACAUUUAAAAUGUAUUAAAUUAUGAGGGGGAAAAAAAUCGAACUUGCUCGCAAUACCCCAUAAUAAAAACAAAACGGGUUUAAUUUUUUUUUGCACGUUUAUAAGAAACUGAAAUAUGACAGGGCUUGACGAUAAUUCAAUCAAUACUGUUAUCGUUUUUUAAAUAAUUAUAUUAUUGGGUUAUAUCGCCCACCCCUAAUAUGAAAUAUACACUAUUAUUCUCAUCCCUUAAUGGAAGAGGGGUGUGAGCCUAGGGUCUUUUUGGGUAUGACGCUACAAGCUUGGCACACCUGUAUUUGGGUAGUUUCUCCUAUUCUUCUCUGCUGAUCCUCUUAAGCUCUGUCAGGUUGGAUGCAAAACAAUGCUGCAUAGCCAUUUUCAGGUCUCCAGAGAUGUUCAAUCGGGUUCAAGUCCAGGUUCUGGCUGGGCCACUCAAGGACAUUCACUGACUUGUACCAAAGCCUCUCCUGCAUCGUCUUGGCUGUGUGCUUAGGGUCAUUGUCCUGUUGGAUUGUCAACCUUCUCCACAGUCUAAGAUUCUGUUCACUCUGGAACAGGUUUUCAUCCAGGAUCUCUCUGUACUUCUCUGUCUUUAUCUUUCCCUCAAUCCUGGCUAGUCUCCCAGUCCCUGCUGCUGAGAAACAUCCCCAUAACCUGUUGCUGCUCCAACCUUGUUUCACUGUAGGGAUGCAUUGGCCAGAUGUGCGGUGCCUGGUUUCCUGUAGUCUGCAUCAUUGAAGGUCUCGAAGAACAGUGGUCUCCAUCAUUCUAAAAUGUUUCCAUUUUGGAAAAAUUGAACUCCUUUGGGCUUAAUGUCAAGCGUCAUGUCUGCAGACAACCAGGCACUGGUCAUACGGCCAAUGCAUCCCUAUGGUGAAGCAAGGUGUUUUUCAGCAGUAGGGACAGAGUGACUAGUCCGGUUUAAGGGAAAGAUGAACAGAGAAAGGUACAGAGAGAUCCUGGAUGAAAACUUGCUCCAGAACGCUCAGGAUCUCAGACUCAGGUGAAGGUUGACCUUCCCACAAGACAACCACCCUAAGCACAUAGCCAAGACAACACAAGUGGCUAUGGGACCGGUCUGUGAAUGUACUUGAGUGGCUUAGCCAUAGGCCGGACUUGAACCCGAUCAAACAUCUAUAGAGAGACCUGAAAAUGGCUGUGCAGUGACAUUCCCCAUGCACCCUGACAGGGGUUAUGAGUAUCUACAGAGAAGAGUGAGUGAAACCCCAAAAAUACAGAUAUGCCAGGCUUGUAGGGUCACACACAAGAAAACUUGAGGCAGUAAUUGCUAUGAAAGUAAUUUUUUUAACACAUUUUUUAGAAUAAGGGUCUGAAUACUUUUAAAAUACUUUUCUACAAUAACCUUUAAUUGCUUAGCAUUUGUUUGCAUUAAUUUUAAAAUGAAAUGUUAUGACUAGUCUUUUUAACGGUGUGCUAUAAAUGUAGAUAUUUGUUACGUUUUAAAUUUAAUAAUUCAACUUUUUACCAAAAAAGUAGCCCAUGCACUUGCACAUUACAGACCAAAUGGUGGCACAUCCAUGUUCAAGGUGUGGCCUACGUUUUAAUUUAAUAGUUUUUAUGUCCACCUUGUUUUUGUUGAUCCAUUUUAAUUGUUAAGUUGUCGUUUGUUUUUGCAAAUGGGUUUCAUAAUUAUUCACCUAUUUGUUUGCUGAAAUUGUACUUGUCAAAUGUGGCAAUAUUCUUAAUAUUUAUAUAAUAUUCAUGCUUAAAAACCAACAAAUGAGUUACAAACUUGUGACUGAAAGAGUUGGCCAUAAUUCCUGUGAUUUGAGACCAGUAAACAACUACAGGAUGCAUUUGUUGUAGUCUUUAUACACUGCUUUGCUAAAGUAUCCAUAUCCCUCAAGUUUGAAGUGAUACCAUCCCUAAUAGGCUGUAAGCAGAUAAAAUAUUAGCGGCAUUAGAUGUGCAGAGCAGUUCUGUUUUGCAGAAGGAAAUAUUCACUACAGGUGGAUCAGUUUGUGAGCUGCAGCGGGCUGUCUCCACUCCUGAACCGAUGGUAGACAUUUGAUUGUUUGAUGUGUGUCAUCCUUGUAGCUAAUCAUCAGCAUUCUAGUUCUAUUCUUUGCAUGGUUAAGACGAGCUGAUUUCUGUAAUUAAAAUCAGACGCAUUAAGUUGAA